AUGGUUACGAAGAAAAGUGUUGACAUAGAAAAGGAAAAACUUGCGAAAAACAUGUACUCUGGCUCCAACAGUGGCGCCACGGGUCUUCCGUCAAAGUCGUCCAGUGCGGGAGGAACCAGCGGUGGGUCGUGUAACGCGGUAGUAAGCUUUAGCGCCACCACCAUGGCCAACAGUAGCCAUAUGGUGCAACAGAUCCUACCCCACGGCCAGGAUGCGCCCAACAUUCUGGUGUACAAAAAGAUGGAAGCCAUCGUGGAACGGAUGCAAACCGAGGGAACUGGCGUGUCGGUGCGCACGGUGAAGGCCUUCAUGAGCAAAGUUCCGUCAGUGUUUACCGGGGCGGAUCUUAUCCAGUGGAUCAUGACCAACCUAACGGUGGACGACAUUAGUGAGGCGCUGCACCUGGCGCAUCUGCUCGCCUCCCACGGAUACCUUUUCCCGAUCGAUGACCAUCAGCUGACGGUGCGGAACGACGGUACGUUCUAUCGCUUCCAGACGCCGUACUUCUGGCCGUCUAACUUUUGGGAACCGGAAAAUACCGACUACGCCAUCUAUCUCUGCAAGCGCACGAUGCAGAACAAGACACGGCUCGAGCUGGCCGACUAUGAGGCGGAGAAUCUGGCCAAGCUGCAGAAGAUGUUCUCGCGCAAAUGGGAGUUUAUUUUUAUGCAGGCGGAAGCGCAAAGCAAGGUGGACAAGAAGCGGGACAAGCUCGAGCGUAAAGUGUUGGACUCGCAGGAACGGGCGUUCUGGGACGUUCACCGACCGAUGCCGGGUUGCGUCAACACGACCGAGAUGGACAUCAAGAAGGCGUACCGAAAGGGGGCCUCAUCGCUCGGGUCCGGAUCAGCCGGUACGGCCGCACACAGCAAUCCGGCAGAAACGAUGGCAAAAACGAUCACUCUGCUCAAGCAAAAGCUCGAUAGGCGCACGAUCAAAGUGUCGAAAGUGGCGGAAUCAUACAUCUCGUACUAUGAACAGUACAGCGAGUUUGACUAUUUUCUAUCGGCUCCGGAUCAUCCCAACCCAUGGCAAACGGAUAAUACCGAAUUUUGGGAUGCGGAAAAACUCGGGAAGGACAUACCGAUGAAACGCGUCAAACGAUGGGGCUUUAGUUUGCGGGAAUUACUGAAUGAUCCGAUUGGUCGCGAGCAGUUUACCAAGUUUCUCGAUAAAGAAUUCAGCGGUGAAAACUUAAAAUUCUGGGAGGCGAUACAGGACAUGAAAGCUUUGCCGCAGUCGCAGAUAAAGGAUGCCGCUCAGGCAAUCUGGAACGAAUAUCUCGCACCGGAUGCUGCCUGCCCGGUAAAUAUCGACUCAAAGUCGCUCGAGCUGGCACGGGAGGUGGUGAAGGAAGGGGCGGCACAGCCGAGCCGUUGGUGCUUUGAUGUCGCAGCCGAUCACGUGUUUUAUCUGAUGAAGAGUGACUCCUACUCGCGCUUCCUUCGUUCCGAUAUGUACAAAGACUGUCUGAACGGCUCAAAGAAGAAGACAUCCGUCAAAGGACUUCGAAUAUUUUCUGGAAGAAAAGAUACGCCUGUGAUAAAUUAACUUUUGCCUGUUAUCGCUUAAUUCUUCUUUGCGAUGCGCGUUAAAACGUUUUAACGAUAGCAUAUUCAUAAAGCAGGUACCACCAGUAUUUUGUUGAAAAAAAAAAAAAAAAACAUUUCAACAUUGUUUUACGGCUGAUGCGAUGCAUUCAUCCGAUCGAUGCCGAUGCUUAAAUCCUUGAACGAAAUAUGAAAUCGUAUAAAUCGUUAUUCCAGCAUAACGUUGCGUAUAGUUUCAAAAAAAAAACUAUAUUUUGGCUAUGAUAAAUUUAUGCAAUCGAGCAAGUUUUUGUUUCUAGUAUCUAAUAUAGUUUCUAGUAUCUUAUAGUUAUUCGGAAUUCACAGUGCUAUCCAAAAAGAUGUUUGAUUUAAUAAUCAUUUGAUUUUGUUCUCGAUACUGUACCAUUGCUUGAACAAACAGAACUAACUGAACAACAUAUAACGUACUAACAGCUACAACGCUUUUUAUGUUAAUCGGUUUAUGCUUCGGUUAAAGUUAUCGUAGUAAGAACAAUGUCUAUCGGGUAUUUUACAGAAUGUGAUGUGUAAAUAGCGUUAGUCGUAAUAAUGAAAUAAGAAAUCACCGGGUAAGAGCCAACAACAUGCUAAGAUGAUUCUACACCCAACCCAUGUCUAUCAGCUGUGUAAUGUUACUACUAAGACAAUCUAAUUUCACUAGAGGAGCUGCGACAAGUCCGAGUGCAUCUCUUUUGCUCUGUGUAUUGGUAAUUGAGUUACCUUGCGGCUACUAUUGCUAUAGUUACACGUACUAACCUAAUGCUACUCUCUACUCUAAAAGUGUUGUUGAAUAUCAACGUUUUAAAAACGACAUUACCCACCACCGUUCGUAAACAAGAAAGACAAACAAAAACUAGUGAGAAAUGUUUUAAAACAUACGAUUACAGAGACUAGACUAGUUGAUUAUGAUUAGCGUACGUGAGCAGCAUUUUAAAAGACUCAAACCAUCGGUAGAAACAUGUGCUUAGUUUAGGAAAAUGUUUAAAUUACAAAAAAAAAAAAUGCUACAAAAUGAAAAAAAAAACCAUAAACCAUAGCCAAAA